AUGAAACACGGGUACAAUUUGUAUAUUGCAAAAUUAAAAGAUGAUCAAUUAUUCAGUCUAAUGUUGGGAGAAUUUCCUGUCAAUUUUGCUGAUGGUAGCGGGUUUGUAAUAGAGCCACCGCAUAGUCUUUUUAACAACUAUACUACGCAAGAGUUCAGCGCAAUUCGAAGUAACGCCAUUAAAAUAAAUAAUGAAGCUCAAUUAUCAACGUUAUUACGUUUUCAUGUUGAACAACAUAAACUAAAACGGUUAGAAUUUUAUGAAGCUAUUAAGAAUGAAUACGGUGAUGCUGAAAAAAAAAUAAAACCAAGACAUAAUGAAUUGAAAUUAUUGAAGUUGUAUCAUCAAUUGAUAAAAGUAUCUCAGUACAGGCAAUAUGAAAGAUUAAAGAAAGUACAUGCUUUUAUUUUGGGUAAAGUAGAAGCCACCCAAUCAAGCAGUCCAGUAACUUCAAUUAAUGAUAAUCCUUUUUGUAUGAGAUCUAUUAAUGAGAAAGGUAAUCUACAGAAUUCAACCGAUGAAUUAAUUCCAGAAAUCACUGAUGAUCAAAAUAAUGAUGCUACCAUGUCAAAUACUUUGAUUAAAAACAAUAAUGAUUCUAUUCAAUCCGACAUACUCCCAAAACAAUUCGUAGCAUUCAAAGUUAAUCAAAAGAAAUUCACUGCAAAAAAGGAUAUUCUUUCUAUGGAAUGCUUUUCUGGUAAACAAACUGCUCAAUCUUCACCUUUAUCAAACUCACUACAAUCAAAUCAGCUAGAAGUUAAGGAUAAGAUUGAUCCAAAAGAUGAUCCAUCGCCGAGUCCUGAUAAGUGCAGAUCCCCAAAUUAUGAUGAUCAUAAAUACAUACCAAGUUCUUCAUAUUCUGCAUCUUGGGAGAGUCGAUCUAAAUAUUCUUAUAGCUACAUUCCAAGAUCGAAAGCUAUCAUGGAGAGAAAUUCUGAUUAUUCAAUUCAUAAUUUCAGGAGAUCAAUUAAACCUCGACCAUAUAGAAAGUUACGACCUUAUGAUAAUAGACAUCAUAGAACUUUUCCACCUUUUCACAGUGAAAUAAAAAAUUUUAAUCCAUCAUAUUCACAGAACAGAGUUUGGAAAAAUGAUUACACUUCUUCAAAAUUUUCUGAUCGGUAUUCUAGAGACAAAGAUUUUACUUCUACCGCUGAUAGUUCAAGUCAACACGACGAUCGAUUUUCGUCAUCUUCUUUUAUACAUAAUUCCCCAGAACAUGAUUCCACUCUAUUUGAGUCUUCACACCAAACUGCUAACAAUCCUAAUCUUACCUCAAUUCCUAAAUCAAGAAGUACGGAUUCUGAAUCUAUGGAUCUUAGUAAUAGUCAACGAGAUACUACUCCUACCGAUGUUCCAACUUCUUCAACCUUAACAAAUCAUUCUACUGUUUCAAAUAAUAAUUUCGAUAAAAAACAAUUUCCUCUGGAUAUGUUUUCAUGUAUUCCAUCGGAGGUGGAAAGUUUAUUGGAUGACAAGAUGUCUUUGAAUGAUGACAAUAGAGAUAAUGGCUUAAAUACAAUUCAUAAGGAUUCUAUGGAAAACAAAUUUACAAAAUAUAUGCAUUAUGAUGAUAAUCAAUAUAAUCAUGGAUAUAAGCAAAGGAAUUAUAAUAUAGAUUUUAAUGAUUAUCGAAAAUAUAAAUAUGAUACAAAGCCGAUAGAUGAUUAUCGUCUGCAUAAACCUGGGAAUUUUAUUUAUACUCGACGUCAUGGUUAUUUUCCAAGAGAUAAAUAUAAGAAUAUGGGUAACCGAUUUUAUGAUGAGCAUAAUAGAAGAUUUGAUAACAAAGAUCAUCCAAUACAUCACUAUGAAAAUUAUCAAAGAGAUGUUGAAUAUCAAAGAAGUCCAAGGUAUCAUCAAAGAAAUAUGGAAUAUCUUCGAGAUGAUAAACAUUUAAGAAAUGAUAAUUAUAUGAAUUUUAGUAAUAGUGAAAAAAGAAUUAAUAUUCAACAUGGUUAUCCUUCUUCUCGAAAUGAUAGACAUGAUUCACAUCAUAUGGCUUCUGAUAUAAAGGGGAACUUCGAGAUUAAUAGAUAUCAUUCACAAACUUAUAGAGUUCAUAAUCCAAGUAACAAAUAUUUUCAUAAUCCAAAACCUUAUUAUAACUAUAACUAUAGAGGAUAUCAAAAUCCUAGAAUGAAAUAUAAGCCUUACAAUGACCACAGUUCAUUCAAACGUAGAGAUGAUUAUGGUAGUGGUAGAGGCUCAGUUAUAACCCCAUAG